UAUUAUUAGCUUCAUAUCAAGCACUAGCUGAUAUCAUGUGACUUCGUGUAACAUCAAACUCAUGUGAUAACCGAUUUGAACAUGGCUACACUCAGGGUUGUGUUGUUGAGUGUCUUGUCAGUGUUGUCAGUCAUUUUGUUUUCUUUUGCUGAAGGAAAACAAUGGCCAGUUCCGUACAAACGGUUCGUAUCACGUCCCAGAACCAAUCCUUAUUGUAAAGCCGGCGUGAUUCCGUUUUGUCCCACCGGUCGAGAAGCCAACACGAUGCCAACAUUCGCAGAGACCGACGUUGUCGAGGUUUUCGCUCUAAAGGCGCCUGUCUGGGAAUUCAAGUUUGGUGAUUUGUUGGCGAAAUUAAACAUCAUGCACGACGCUAUAGGAUUCCGGAAUCUGAACACGGGUAAGAACUACACCAUGGAAUGGUACGAACUCUUCCAGCUGUUCAACUGCACGUUCCCACACCUGCUGCAGAAUGACACCUUGAAGUGGUGCAACCAAGGCGCUGCCUGCAUUUACGACGGCAUCGACGACAUACACUGGUCUCAGAACGGCACGCUGGUCAAAGUAGCCGUCAUUCCAGGGAAGAUGUUCAACGACUUUGGCAAAUGGGUUGAGUGGGACAACAACACUGGGAUCUACUAUGAGACGUGGACGGUGGAGAAUGCGCCAGGUGGGCAAAUGUGGUUUGACUCGUUUGACUGUGCUAGCUGGGUUUUGAGAGCGUUCAAGCAAAUUGGAUCACUUGGCGGGAAGUUCAACCAAAGUGUGAAGUUAAACUACACCAGAAUACAUCUCUACAGCAAAGAGCCCAUCUACUUAGGAGAUGCUCAUACCGUAUUCGGUCCAGGCUCAAAUAAAACUCGUGCAAAUGACAUUCUUAAGUUUUAUUACAAUUUUCAGUCACACCAGAAUUAUGAACAUUUGUUAGAAAGUCUGAUGAGUAUAUAUUUAGAUAUCAAAUUUCUCCACAAAUUUUAUUUCUUCUACAAUUUUGAGUAUUGGUUUCUACCACUAGUUGAUCCUUAUGUCAGACUGUCUUACAAUGUGGUACCGUUACCGAGCAAUAAUGAUUAAAGGGGCAGUUUCAAAGUUG